AUGUAUUAUACUAUAAUAGAAAAUAUAACAAGUAGUAAUAAAGAAAAAGAAAGAAAAGAAGAAAUAGAAGAAUGUAUGAAUCAAAUUAUUAAAUUAACAAAAGAAAUAAAAGAAACGAUGUUAAUAAGUAGUCAUUUUAUUAAAACAUUAAGUAUUGAAGAAAUAAAUAGUAUUGAUCAAAUAUAUCGAAAUUUAAUAUGUAAAAUAUUAAUACGAAAUGUAGGGAAAAAUGAAUUACCAAAUGAAUAUACACUUCAAAUGAAUAUCAAAACGGUAAAUGGAACAAUGAUUAAAGAGGGAGAAAAAAUUAAAAAUACAGGAAAGAAACAAAUAACAAUGAUAGUAACAAAUAUUGAAAAUAUGAAUAAAGAUGAAGUAUAUUUAAUUGAGAUUAAUAUUCAAAAUGAAAAUAAAGAAAACAUCUUUAAACAUCUUCAAUUUUUUUAUCUUAAUUGA